CAACUCAAUAAUUAAUAAACAAAGAAAAUAAACAUAUUACUCUUUCUAUGAACAGGAAAAAGAAGAAGGAAAUGGAUGGAAAAAGAAUCGAGGGUAAUGAAGUUUAUGCUUUAGUAAUAUGUGUAAGUAUUCUCCUCUUUGCUCCGAUUGUUGUGUCUCAACCAAUACCGGUAGAUAAAUCCCAAGUAGAAGCAUGGUUUAACGGCAUUAUCAAGCCAGUGAAGGAAAGGGGUAAAACUUUAAGCCCUGAAUUGGUUGAGGCGGAGACAGAACCUAGAAUCAUAAAGGUGAUGCAAAGUGGUGGUGGAGAAUUCAAUACCAUAACCAAAGCCAUUGAGAGCGUUCCAUCAGGGAACGCGAAAUGUGUGAUUAUAUCCAUCGGGCCUGGAUCUUACAAAGAGAAAAUUAAAAUUGAAAGAAAUAAGCCUUUCAUUACAUUGGUAGGAGAUCCUAAAAACAUGCCAAAUUUGACAUUUGACGGCACCAGCAAGCAAUAUGGAAUCGUAGAUAGUACCACUCUUAUUACUGAGAGUAGUUACUUUGUGGGUGCUAAUCUCAAUAUAGUGAACACUGCUCCUAGGCUAGACGGGAAAAUGGUAGGAGCACAAGCGGUUGCUUUGAGAGUCUCCGGCGACAGGUCGGCUUUCUAUAACUGCAAGAUCAUCGGCUUCCAGGACACUUUGUGUGAUGACAGGGGCAACCAUUUCUUUAAAGAUUGCCAUAUUCGUGGCACUGUUGAUUUCAUUUUCAGAAGCGGGACAUCUUUAUAUCUGCUAUUAAUAUUCUCAACGCAUGAGAUAUGAUGUAUUAUACCCCCAUAUAUAUAUUUGACAAGAAAAGUGGGAUGCAGAACUGAGAAAUAGUCGUGGAAGGAGAUCCAGAAGGAGAUCCUAAGAUGGUAGUAAUUACAGCACAAGCAAGAGAAAGUUCAUCAGAGGAUAUGGGUUAUUCGUUUGUGCAUGGAAGGAUUACCGGAACAGUGAAGGAUGUAUUUUUAGGAAGGGCUUGGAAGAGCAGUCCAAGAGUUGUUUAUUCUUAUACUGAAAUGGAUAAAAUCAUCCAUCUUGGUGGAUGGUCUAGUAAUCGCCAACCUGAACGAGCUGAGUAAGAUAAUACUCAACCUUACAACAUUAC